CUGGGUUAUUCCCCAUGACGUCACUGGAGAUAAUCACGGAAGUGAAGUGAGCGACGAAACACAAGACAGAAACUCAAAUAAGUUGGUGUGUGCGCUCGACUCGUAUUUACAGGCUGUCCGUCAUCAUGCUGGGAGGAGGUUUCAAAUCAGAGAGGCUGAGAGUCAACCUCCGACUGGUCAUCAACCGACUCAAACUCCUUGAAAAAAAGAAAACUGAGCUUGCUCAGAAGGCCAGGAAGGAGAUUGCAGAUUACCUGUCAUCAGGUAAGGAUGAGCGGGCACGGAUCCGUGUGGAGCACAUCAUCAGAGAGGACUAUCUGGUUGAAGCCAUGGAGAUCUUAGAGCUUUACUGUGACCUGCUGUUGACUCGCUUUGGCCUCAUUCAGUCUAUGAAAGAACUAGAUCCAGGCUUACAGGAAGCAGUGUCCACCCUCAUCUGGGCAGCUCCUCGUCUGCAGUCAGAAGUGUCUGAGCUAAAAAUUGUGUCUGAACAGCUGUGUGCAAAAUAUAGCAAGGAGUACGGCAAGCUAUGCAGGACAAACCAGAUUGGCACAGUCAACGACAGGCUGAUGCACAAACUGAGUGUUGAGGCUCCUCCCAAGAUCUUGGUCGAGCGCUACUUGAUAGAGAUUGCAAAGAACUACAAUGUCCCCUAUGAGCCCGACGCCAUGGUCCGGCCCGAGGUGUGUACUGGGGAGGAGGCAGACCUGAUUGAUGUCGACAAUGACAGGAAGUCUGGAGGAGGAGGAGGUGGUGGAGGAUUCACAGCUCCUCCAGCUCCUGGAAUCCAUAUGCCUAUGCCCAUGCCUAUGGCUAUGCCAAUGCCAACAGCUUUCAACUAUCCACCUCCCAACGGAGCUGAACCGUUUCAUGCACCCGUUGGAACCUACAACAGCUUCCAGCCCCCCAUGGGAGGAGGGCAGCCACCUCAGUUGCCCACUUCUCCCCCUACAUACGAGUCUAUUGACGACCUAACUGAAAAACCUUCUGUUCCUUCCCAGGGCGUAGGUCCCGCUCCUUCGGCUCGGAUUUAUGACAACAACGCUCUUCCAGAACUCCCAUCUGUUCCCGACACACUCCCAACAUCCUCCUUGGGCAGAAGCAACACCACCUCGGAUGACAUUGACUUUGAUGAUUUGACGCGGCGCUUUGAGGAGCUGAAGAAGAAGACCUAAAUGCUUUAACCUGAUAUACAUAAACAGGCCUGUGUCACCUACACAGCUCAGAACAGGAAAUGGGAAUUGUUCAAGGCUCUGAAUCAGAUUUGGGUAGCUCUCCUCCCUCUUUCUUGGUGAAGUAAUUUUACACAAAUAUUAAACAUACAUGUAAUCUAUUACCUCAUUUAUAUAGCUAUGACCAGCUAAUGAGAGACAGUACUUUUAAGUGCCACAUGAUUUCAUUUCCUUCUAGUGGCACGUUGGAUAAAAUCUUAAACAAUCAUGUGGGUGUUCACCCCUUCUCGCUCCUUAUUUAAAAUCGCACUGACUUUUAACCUUUUCCAUUUGUCCAUCCAUCCAUUCGCUUCCGCUUAUCCUUUUCAGGGUCGCGGGGGGCGCUGGAGCCUAUCCCAGCUGUCAUAGGGCGAGAGGCGGGGUACACCCUGGACAGGCCGCCAGUCUGUCGAUAAUUAAUAAUUAAUUUGUCUGUGUGAUAAUUAAUAUGUUCACAUUUAGAUCUUAUGUGUUGAUUUUCCUGAAGGAUUUGGGUUUGAUUGAUAUUCAUAGUACAUGCCUUUAUUCCGCUUUGCACACACUGUUGCUGUGAUCCACUGUGUCGCUCAGUCCCGUCUCAGACCAGUUUGACAGGUAUAGCGGGCUGCGCCAUCUCGGUGGCGAACAACCUUUUACGCAUUAAAGUCACCAUUUUGUUUCCAAAGCGAGGCUCCAACAGUCACUGAGGUUUUUCUCAGCUGUACAGAGACACAUAGAAGCCAUAUUUUCAGUGUGUUACGCAGUUUUUCUCACUGUGGGAUCGUUAAAUGCUCAUCAUUACCGAGCUUCUCAAACUUCAAGGUAUAUUUAUAUCAGGUUUCAAACCUUUUCCGUUUGAGGGGCGAUGGGACACAGAUGUAAAGUGACAACAUGUAUGGAAAUCUGUAAUAUAAAACACUUACAGCAAUAUAGGUAGACUUAUUUACAUGAUUUAACUGUAUAGGAAAAGGAGUUUGGCAGCCGGGAAUUGUUCAAUAUUUGACAAAUCUGUUUUAUAUACAGUAUCUCCAAAUAAAGUUUUCUUUUUGCCCUUUUGAAUGUCA